AUGGAUUUCUCACAGAAAGACGGUAAAAAAUCAAAGAAAAGUCAAGAAAAAGCAACAACCCCACAACCGGCGACAACCUCCAAGUUCCAACCCUCACUUCUAAACCCCGUCCAUCCGUCACAAGCACAAUCAGUUAUCAGCCCAAUAACAAAAAACACCUCGAUACCGGCACAAAGGGAAUUUACAGUGGAGGACGAUGAUGAGUUAGAAAUAGAAAGCCCUGCCAGAGAGCAACCGAAAACUCCGCUGGAACAGACGCUGCAGGAGCGCCUGUCUCCCCUGUCGGAAGUAUUCACGGGAGAGCAAUUGAAAACACUGUCAGCGGUGAUGGCCGCUUUGUCAGAGCUACCAGCCUCGCAGCAGCCAGGGUCAGUCGGCAGUCUAAGAAAGACCAGGUCGACGGUUCCCCAGUUACCUGUUAGGGAUCUCCUAACCGCCCUGAAUCAAGAAAACACCCCAGAAAAAAGAAAGCGCUCGGAUCCGGCGGAAACAGAAUGGCCUGAAACAGAGCAAGUCCCAAUCGCGGAAUACGAACGAAGAGCGCCGGUUCUACAGAUAGCUAGACGGCAGACAAUCCAGCCAAAGGAUUCUCCCCUGUGCCGAGAAAUCCUAGAAGAAAGGAUGGAAAGGAUAAAAAUCCCGACAGGGAGAUACGAUGGGACGACAGAUCCGGAGGAUCACUGCACCACAUUCGAACAGCACAUGAUGCUGUACACUGAUUCUGAUGCCAUGUGGUGCAAAGUGUUCCCAUCCACACUCCUAGGAGUUGCAGCGAGCUGGUAUAAGGGCAUAGAGGCACACUCCAUAUACAGCUUCCGACAGCUGCAGGCGUCGUUUUUGUCACGAUUUGUGAGCAAACAGAAGAGAAAGAAAUCAUCGGGAGAGUUGAUGUCGUUCGCUCAAAGAGAUAGAGAGCCGUUAAGGGAUUAUCUCACCCGCUUUAACAACGAGUCAAUCACUAUCCCCAAUUUGCAGCAGGAGGUUGCCGUUCUGGCUCUUAUGAGGGGAAUGCAAGAGUGCGAAUUCAAGAAAUAUCUCAGCCGAAAGUCAUACACCAAUCUGGGUGACGUCCUGCACAAAGCCAACAAGUACAUCAGGGGGGAUGAAAUGAUGAAGAUCUCCAAUGUGGUAGUGGCAACCGGCGGAAAUGUCGGGUUCAAUCCAGGCUAUAACCCACAGACGGGAAAAGGAGGAAACAAUUUUCAUCAGAGCAAUAAUCAGCAAGGGGCAGGGCAGAGAAACCAGAAUAACAGAAAUGCCAAUCCACAAGGGCAGAAAAGCCGGCAAGACAGAAGGGAGUCCAGAGGACUCUUUGAUAACUACACUCCGCUGAACACACCGCGGACGGCAAUUUAUAACAUAAACAACAAGAUGGAUGGCUGGAGAAGGCCGCCACCAAUGCAGAGUAGGGAAAGGAAUGUCAAGAAAUUCUGUGACUUCCAUAAUGAGCACGGCCACCUAACAGAGGACUGCAGAGACUUCAAAGACAACAUUGAGGAUAUGGUCAGAAAGGGGUAUUUCUCACAGUAUAGGGCAAGGCAGGGCAAUGGUAACAACAACUCGGUGGGAGGAAACCCUACCAAUUCAUACCGGCCACAACAGCAAAAUCAACAACAAUACCCUAGAAUCGAGCAACCAUAUCAGCCGCCUAGAAUCGAGCAAAAACAGCCGGAAACCAGUGCCAGAGCAGAACAGAGGGAUGGCGGGAAAAAACCACCCGUGUAUGUAAUUUCUGGCGGCCCAGUCCACGGAGGGACAAUAAGCGGCGCCAGUAGAAGCUUGGAGGAACACAGGCACAUGGUAAACUUUCAUAACACAAGAGUGUGGCCUAACCCACCCAGCAUACCAGUGAUGACAUUCUCGGAAUCGGAUUGCAGAGGCAUCAUUUUCCCGCAUGAUGACCCACUAGUUCUUACAAUUGAUAUAGCAAAUGCCGAUGUGAACAGAGUACUGGUAGACGGCGGCAGCUCAGCAAACAUCAUCUUCUGGGAAGCUUUCAAACAAUUGCACAUACCAGAGGACGAACUUCAAAGGGUAAACUACCCAGUAAUCGGUUUCUCAGGAUCUACAGUGUACCCAGAGGGUAGUAUAAGGCUGCCGGUGAAAAUCGGAGAAGGAUCCGAAAUGCGAGAUCUCAUGGUGGAUUUCCUAAUCAUUAAAGUGCCAGCGGCCUACAAUGUGAUCAUCGGUCGCCCAUUCAUACAUGACGUGCAGGCGGUAGUCUCCACCUAUCACUUGACAAUGAUAUAUAUGUCGAACCUGGAAAGGCCGGCAAAGAUAAGGGGAAGUCAGUUGGCGGCAAGGUCCUGUUACUUGACUGCUUUGAGAACACCGGGAAGAAUGGUCCCAGAAGUGAACUUGACUACUGAGCCGGCAAGGCAAGAGAUACACUUGACUACUAAGCCGGCAAGACAAGAACAACUGUCAAAAAGAAAGAGCUGCACAAAAAGGGGUCGAACCGACCUAAACAUGGAACACUUUGAUGAAAGGCCGGUAUCAGCACCAAGACCAAUGCCAGAUGGUCUGACAGAAAAUAUCGAGCUGGAGGCUGGAAACAUGGAUAGAACAGUCGUGAUCGGUACGGAAAUGGGGAGUGACAUGAAGGUCAACCUCAUAAGCUUGCUGAGAGAGCACGCUGACAUCUUCGCAUUCUCGGCGGAUGAGAUGCCUGGUAUCGAUCCAGAGAUAAUGGUUCACCGAUUAAACGCCGACAGAAAUGUUAGGCCUGUACGGCAGAAAAAACGUAAUUUCUCCACGGAGAAAAUGACAGCAAUACAAGAAGAGGUGGAUAAACUUCUGGCGGCAGGUUUCAUUGAGCCAUGUGACUACCCCGAAUGGUUGGCAAACGUGGUAAUGGUAAAAAAGUCAAGUGGGUCAUGGAGAAUGUGCGUAGAUUUCACCAACCUUAGCAGAGCAUGUCCGAAAGAUUUCUACCCCCUGCCACGGAUUGAUAGGCUGGUAGACUCCACUAGCGGUCACGCAAUGCUCAGUUUCCUAGAUGCUUUCUCAGGGUAUCAUCAGGUCAGCCUGCAUAAAUCAGAUAGGAAGAAGGCGGCCUUUAUCACAGAUGCAGGAGUUUUCUGUUAUAAGGCGAUGCCGUUCGGGUUGAAAAAUGCAGGGGCAACAUAUCAAAGGCUGGUUGACAAGGUGUUCGCCGACCAAAAAGGCAGAAACGUGGAGGUCUAUGUAGAUGACUCUAUCGUAAAAAGCCGGAAGGAGGAGGAUCAUGUUAGCGACCUCCGAGAAACUUUUGAAACUUUGAGAAAAUACAGGAUGAAAUUAAACCCAAAAAAAUGCGUCUUCGGAGUAAGGUCGGGAAAAUUCCUGGGUUUCUUGGUCAGCGAGCGUGGCAUAGACGCCAACCCUGAAAAAGUAGAAGCAAUCAUCAGUCUGCCGCAACCCAAGAGCGUAAAAGACAUACAGCGGCUGACAGGAAAAAUGGCCGCCUUAAACAGAUUUGUGAGCAAGUCGGCAGAUAAGCAAAUGCCCUUCUUCACAACCCUGAGGCAAAACAAGAAGUUCAAAUGGGGGCCGGCAGAGCAAGAGGCCUUUGAAGCUCUAAAAAGUCACUUAAAAAACCUGCCAACAAUAGCAAGGGAAAAAGAGGGCGGCAAAUUACAACUGUACAUAUCGGCGUCGCCAAAAACAGUUGCAGCAGUACUGGUAGCCGAAACAGAAAACAAAGGGCAGCAGCCGGUAUAUUUUGUGAGCCAUGUGCUAAACGGCCCAGAAACAAGGUACACGUUGGUGGAAAAAAUGGCAUACGCAGUCCUCAUCGCGGCUAGAAAGUUAAGACCAUACUUUGAUGCGCAUACAAUCGAAGUGCUAACAAACUUUCCUCUCGAAAAAGCCAUCAGCAAGCUAGAUACAUCAGGCCGGUUUCUAAAAUGGGCAAUAGAGUUGUCCGAGUUUGACUUGGAAUUCCGGCCAAGAACUGCAAUCAAAGCCCAGGCAUUGGCGGACUUCAUAGUUGAAGCGUCAUACCAAGAGGAUGAAAUACAAGCUGAAGUAUGGGAUGUGUCAGUGGAUGGUUCAGCUGCACAGACAGGCAGUGGGGCUGGAAUAAUCAUGAAAUCGCCAGCAGGAGACAUUUUUGAGUAUGCUAUAAAGUUUACGUUCAACGCGUCAAAUAACGAGGCAGAAUACGAGGCAGCAAUUGCCGGCAUCCAAAUGUGCCUCGCAGCAGAUGCCAAAAGAGUAAUACUGACAACAGACUCCCAGCUGGUAGCAAGUCAAUUCAGCGGAGAAUAUGAGGCCAAAGAACCUUCGAUGGUCAAAUACCUGGAGAAGUUGAGGUCGGUGUCGGCUUAG